AUGAAGGAUCUGGAAUCCCUCGACACCUAUAUACAGAACACACUCUCUCCCCUGUACCCACCUUUUGAGGCUACGGCGGCCACAGUGCUCUGGCAGCUGUUCAGUGUGGCCGAGAAGCUCUACGGUGGGGACGGGCUGCACUGCCUCACAGACUUCCUCGUCCCAGCCAAGAGGGCCCUGCAGCGCCUGCAGCAGGAGGCCUGUGCCAGGUACGCAGGCCUCCUCUUCCUGCACGAAGGCUGGCCGCUGUGUGUUCACGAGAAGGUGGUGGUGCAGCUGGCAUCCCUGCGCAGAGACCGGCUCAGGCCUGGGGACUUCUACCUGCAGAUCAUAGCGGCAGGGAGGCAGUCCGCCAGACUGGUCUUGAAAUGCCUCUCCCGGUGUGGACAGGGCUCGGAGGAAGUCGCUGUCCCUGAGACCAUGUAUGGCUGUGUCUUCACAGGAGACUUCCUGGAACUGGUGAACGGGGAGCGGAACAGUGUCCCCUUGCAAAACUGCUUGCUGACCUCGGGCUCGGCAGUCUACCGCACCCCCUGGAGCAACAUCACAGACUCCAUCUUUGUCCCCACCACCGGAACCAUCCUGCCCAGCUGCCCCAGCGGUCCUGGGCCUCAGCAGCCGGCACUUGGCAGCACCUGGGAGGCCCCAGCUCCGGCACCAGCCAUGGCCAGCCCCCCUCCCCAGGGGGACACCCCUUCCAAACACACCCUGACCCUGCCCCACUGUGGUGGGCAUCCCAGCAGCAACCAGCCCUGCCACCUUCCUUCCCCAAGAAGAACUGAGUGCAAGAGCCCCAGGACCCUGUCUGGGAGUCCCAAUGGAGGCCUCACGGGGGUCAGCCCCUCAAAGCGGGAUCCCUGGGACCAUCCUGAGAGCCCUGAAGGACCAGGAGGGUGGCUGGACCCCGUGGACAAGAAGGACGGCUCCCAGGCCCUCGCCUUCCACCCAGAAGGGGGCAGCCCAAGCUCCAGGAGGCGGCCACCCGGGGCCCCGGCCAAGGCGGAGGCCAGACGCUGGUUCAGGAAGUCCUACAUGGAGGCCCUGCAGAACCCCUUGCCCCUGGGCUCCAGCUCCGAGGAGUCCGUUGAGGACAAGGCCUGUGGCUCCCAGACCCACAGCUGCAGGGCCAGGGGGGCCAAGGCAGCAGCAGGUCUUACACAGAAAGAGACCCCUGGCCCCGGGGGAGACCCCCAAGAGGUCCCAAGUCAAGACAGUGGUCCGGGAUCUGCAGGGAAGACCCUCCCCAGGAGGUCUCGAUCCUGGGAGAGGUCCCCCAGAAGCUCCCGAGGUGACACCCGGCGGGCCUCCCACCACUCAGCCAGCGCAGGGCCCGGGGGUUUCCUGGGAGAACAAGCUGUCGGGACCAGACCCCCGGGCUCCAGCUCUUUAGGCACAGCAGAGAGUCUCAGCUGCACCGGAGAGGAAGGGCUGCCACAACAAGGUACCAAGACUUGGUGGCUCAGAACAACAGAAAAUUAUCCUCACCUUCUGGCCCCAAGGUCCAAGAUCAAGGUGCCCCAGGGUCCCACUCCCUCCAGAGGCUCCAGGGGAGGGACCUUGUUGCCUUUUCUGGCUACUGAGGCCCCAGGCAUCCCUGGCCAAGUUCAUUGCCCUUCACCCUGUGUCUCUGUGUGUCCCCAGCCUCCCUUUCCUUUCUCUUGUAAAGACACUGUCGACUUAAAAAAAAUUGGCAGCAGCUUCCGAGGAAGCAGCCCCAACCGGUAUUCAGAGCUGCUUGCUGAGCCACUGUGUGGCAAGGGUGAAGGGCAGACGCCUGGCACAGGAGACCUGCCCAGCCAGGUGCCCAGCCAGGUGCCCAGGCAGGUGCUGGAAGUCAGCCAGGAGCUGCUGCAGUCCGGGGCGGUCACCCUUCCAGGAACCCGAGACCGUCAGGGAAGAGCGGUGGUGCAGGUCUGUACAAGGGGCCCACUCUGGUCCAGCGAACACAUGUCCAGUGCUGAGCUGACCCAUCUGCUGAAGUACCUGCACACCAUCCCCAGGAAGGAGGUGCGGGAGCUGGGGCUGGUCCUCCUGGUGGACGCGCGCAAGAGCCUGGCUGCCCCCGCCCUCUCCCAGGCCCUGGCAGCCCUGCAGAACACAUCUCCUCCCUUAGUCCAUAGCAUUUUGCUGCUGGUGGAUAAAGAAUCAGCAUUUAGGCCUGACAAGGAUGAAGCGAUCCAGUGUGAGCUGGUGGGCUCCCUGAAGGCCCUGCACAAGCUCAUCGACAGCUCCCAGCUGACUGCAGACCUGGAGGGCUCCUUUCCCUACAGCCACAGUGCCUGGAUCUGCUUCCGUCAGAAGCUGGAGCUCUUCACCUCGAACUGCGAGGAAGCCAUUGCUUUCCUACAAAAUUCAGUCCGCUCCCUGAACACGCACAGGACCCCAAGCACAGCACAGGAGGCUGCGGAGCUGAUCUGCACGCACGAGGCGAUGAUGAAUUGUGUCCUGGAAGACGCGCGGCUGGUGGCCCUGCGGCUGGAAGGCGGCGCCGUGCUGGCACGGCUCAGGAGGGAGGAGCACGGCGCCGGCCAAGACUACCUAGACGCCAUUGACGCUGCCUCCAGGCUGCACAACCAGGUGGACGAGGAGGUCCACAGGCUGGUCCUCACCUCCAACAGAUGUCUGCAGGAGCUGGAGAGUCUGCAGGAACUGAAGAAGCUCCAGGAGGGAAGUGACCAGAUCACAUCGUGGUUUGGAAAAGAAAGAGAGAAAUUCCUCGUGCCUUUGGAGCUGCUGUCUGCAGGGAACUUGGAGCAGCGGCAGGCGUCCCCGGCUCUCCCAGACAGGCGGAUGGUGGGUGCCCACUGGGACACAUGCAGGGACACCUGGGCCACUGCUGGGGCUUGUUCUCCGUGUUUGCUCCUUGGACCACAGCAGUAUUGUCAGAAAGGACUGGGGCUGAUGGAAGAGGAUUUGGGAGGCACAGAGGAAGGGACCCAGGACUUCGGAAGGAGUCUGAGCACCAAGGCCGACCUGGCUGAGAGGAGGGAGGGUGUGCGGGCCAGGCAGGCCUGCCGGUCUGAGUCCUGCGAGACGGUAAGAGCCCCAGCCCAGUCCCUCCCGGCUGUACUCGCUGCCCAUUCCUUGCUGCAGACAUUCAGUGGGAGGUGGGCGCCACCCCCAGACUCUCCACAUACCUGUGAGGAGUUCAUUUAUUGUUCCAGACAGACAGGCCACAUGGACGGUGCUGGGUGGGGCCACCCAGGCUGCCUUGGUCAUAACUGUCCUUCACUGCGCGGACCGGUGCCCUCCUGUGCUGUGCAGGUGAGCGGGUGGACGCUGCAGUGCAGUCAGCGCCUGGAGCAUGUGGACCCGGGCCUGGUCACCAGGGACCUGAGGACCUGUCCUCAGGAGGCUGUGCAGAGCCUCCCCAGCGCCCGCGUGGCGGGGUCGGGCCCGCGCGGCGAGUGGUGGGUGCUGCCGUGGGGGCACACCUCAUGGCUGCAGAGCCGGAAAACCCAACUCCACUGGAAAGAGGCCCUCGGAGAGGCAGCCUCGGGCCCCGGCACCCUGCCUCUGGGCCGGAGCCCCCUGAAGCACGAGCUUGCCCAGGGACCCGAGGGGCAGCCCCGUGAGCCUCCCUGGACCCUUCCGGCUGACCACGAGGGCCACACAGGGGCGUGGGGCCAGCUGCUGCCCGGCCUCCCUGGACAAGCUGCUCUGUGUGGGCAGGAGGGUGAGCACCGGGGCCCAGGUGUGCACGCAGAGGACGGCAGCUCCAUGUGCUCCUCUGAGCCCACCCAGACACCUGCCGCCCACCCCAGGAAGCACCCCCUGAAGAAAAUUAUGAAGAAAACACAAAGCUUUGAGAUUCCUCAGCUUGACAGUGGCCCCCGGGACUGCCACCAGCUGGGCCACGCUGGGGUCUUUAUCCAAGGCCUGGAGGUGACCAGCACCAUGGCCUCAGAGAAGCAGCCCCCGCUGAGGCCACGUGCCCAGAGCCCUCGGGUCCCUCGGAACUGGAGUCUGUCCUCCCCCUCCAGGGUGCACCCCUCCGAGGAGGAUGGGAGGGGGCGAGCAGGAAGCAACCGACCACAGCACGUGCUGGCCGAGGUGACCUCCACGGAGAGGCAGUAUGUUAGGUCCUUAGGGUAUGUCAUCGACAACUAUUUUCCAGAAAUGGGAAGGACGGACCUGCCCCAGGCCCUGUGAGGGAAGUGCAGCGUCAUUUUCGGGAACUGGGAGCAGCUCUACGCCUUCCACUGCCAGCACUUCCUCCCGGAGCUGGAGUGCUGCCGACACCACCCCUGGGCCAUGGGCAGCGGGUUCCUGAGACACGAGGAGCGGUUCGGCACAUACGCGCUCUACAGCAAGAACAGGCCCCGGUCGCACACCCUGCUCUGUGGCUACGGCAGCGCCUUCUUCAAGGACGAGCAGCAGGAGCCAGGCAACAAGAUGGACCUGGCCUCCUACCUGCUGCAGCCCGUGCAGCACACGGGCGAGUACGCACUGCUGCUCCGGGACCUGGUCGAGGAGGCCGGCUGCUGCCCCGCCCGCGAGCAGGAGCUGGAGGAGCUGCGGGCCGGCGCGCGCGUGGUGCGAGUCCAGCUGCGCCACGGCGACGAUCUGCUGGCCGUGGACGCCGUCUGCGGCUGCGACGUGAGUGAAUCUGAAGGAGCAGGGCAGCUGAGGUGCCAGGACCAGUUGCUCGUUUGCUGCGGAAGGAAGAAGCACCUGAAGCGCGUGUUCCUGUUUGAGGACCUCAUCCUGUUCAGCAAGACCCAGAAGGUGGAUGGAGACCACGACGUGUACGCGUACAAGCAGUCCUUCAAGACGGCGGAGAUCGGCGUGGCGGAGAUCGGCGUGGCGGAGAACGUCGGGGACAGCGGCUUGAGUUUUGAGAUCUGGUUCCGCAGGCGGCAGAAAUCCCAGGACACCUACAUCCUCCAGGCGAGCUCCACGGAGGUCAAGACCGCCUGGAUGGACGUGCUAGGGAAGAUCCUGUGGCGGCAGGCUCUGCGGAACCGAGAACUCAGGCUGCAGGAGGUGGUGCCCGUGGGGAUAGGCGGCAGGCUGUUCACGGACAUCAAGCCCAGCAAUGCGGCCCUAAGCGACAGGGCCGUCCAUCACGGUGCGAAGGGGGCAGGUUAGCGGCACAGCCCCGGCUCUCACCCGGCCCUGCUGACCCAGCUCCAGGCGCCGUGGUGCACUGGGCCCCACGGGCCAACACCUCCAUGCACCCCCGUGGGCUGGACGGGCGGUGGCCCCCUGAGGCCUGAUGUGGCCGCCGGGGGAGGAACCCAGGGGUUUUCUGGA